CGAAAAAUAGCGCCGUCGAGAACACGUCGUUGGACCGACUCGUGCGGGCGCGACGACGCCGUUCCGCGGGAGCACACGCCGAGACGCGGUCGAUGAUGCGCACGGGCGCGGGCGGGGGACGGGGAGAAAGGGUCCAGAUUGGCGGUGCGACGACGACGACGACGACGACUUGGCGUGGCUUGGACGGCUGCCCGUGUAAUCAAAAAUCCCGAGGUUGAUUGGCCGCCAAUCAACUCCCUCUCUCCCCUCUCCCCACCCAUAUUUAACGCGCCUCCUCGUCUCCCCCAAAAGAGACUCGGCAAGAAAAGGUAAAAAGGAACCGAAGAAAGAAGAGAGAAAUUGUGGAGAGCUCGCGUCGAAGGCGUCCGGAAUCUUCGUCUUCACGCGAUCCCUGACCUUCCUUGAAGAUCCUCGGCUUUCGACGACGACGACGAUCCUCCCGUGAUGGCGGAAGAGCACCACCGACUCCAGGCCCAGCAGCUCUGCGCCAACAACUGCGGCUUCUUCGGCAGCCCCACCACCCAGAACCUCUGCUCCAAAUGCUACCGCGACCUCCAGCUCAAGGAGCACCGCUCCUCCGACGCCAAGCUCGCCCUCAACCAGUCCCUGGCCCCCGCCGCGGCGCCAUCGCCGCAGCCGGCCGCGAUCUCGACGGCCCCGUCCGCGGCCCCUUCGCCGCCGGCCGAGGAGGGGCGCGAGGCCGCCGCUCCGGCCGGGCGGGGCAGGUGCGCCGCGUGCAGGCGGCGCGUGGGGCUCACGGGGUUCAAGUGCCGGUGCGGCGUGACGUUCUGCGGGUCCCACAGGUACCCGGAGCAGCACGCGUGCGGCUUCGACUUCAAGGCGAUGGGGAGGGAGCAGAUCGCGAGGGCCAACCCGGUCGUGGUGGCGGAGAAGCUCGAGAAGAUAUGAAGAGGCGUGUUUCGUGUCUGCAUCGGCCGCCGUCGUCGCCGGACGGCGGCGUCGCGAGGCGGCCGCCGGUGGUGGUUGGGGUGGGGGCGGCGGCGGCGGCGGGGGUUUGUUGACAUUUUGUAUAUUUACGGCGUGCCGAGCUGUCUUCGUUAUAUUCCGAUUAAAGUAAUUGGAAUUGUAGCAUUUGAUUAUUAUUCUCUUUUCCUCUGCUUUUAGGCGUAACCACCUGGAAAAAAAAAAUUAAUAUGAUUUUAAGAUUUUCGAUUGCUUAAUGGAGAAGAAUGUCCACCCUCUGAGCUCCCGGAACGGCUUGAAGCCGUGAACUAAAUUAUUGAUGCCGCAAU